AUGAGACGAAGGCUUUUAUUCAAGACACUAAUAUCCUAGAACGCUUGAAUGCCGCGAACUUUGAUCUAAUUCUUGCUAAUGCCUUUAACCCAGGCUUCGCUCUAAUUGUUGAUACAUGGCGUGUACCGUUCAUCAGUGUUUCCACCAUGAGAGCUUUACCGAUGAUAGACGAUUUACUUCAUGGUUUGCCUUCAAACCCUGCAUAUGUACCAGCGGUAAAAACAGGAUACUCAGAUGAGAUGACGUUUCCUCAGAGACUGGGCAAUACAUUUGCAUACCUUGCAUCGGCUGCAAUGUUUGAGUUUCUUUUGCUAAAACCAUUCAAAAGUAUACAGCAAAGGCAUAACAUCCGACCAGAGCUUUCAUACAGGAGUUUAUGUAGAAAUUCGGAGUUAGUACUUUUCUGUUCUGAUUUUGCAUUCGAUUAUCCCCGCCCUAUGAUGCCGCAUGCUAUUUAUAUUGGUUCAUUAACAGCAAGAACCCCAGACCCUCUUAGUCAGGAAUGGACCGAAUUCGUCGAAUCGGCUGUAGAAGGAAUUGUAGUAUUUACACUGGGUUCACAGGCUAACAUCGGCGAAGACUUGGAAAAAGCAACAAAGUUUGUUAAAGCGUUUGCCAGAUUGCCGCAAAAAGUUAUUAUGAAAUACGAAGGGAAUCCACCAAAUGGCCUUGGCGAGAACACCAAACUUAGCAGUUGGAUUCCACAAAAUGAUCUUCUAGGUCACCCAAAUACCAAAGCAUUUAUAAGCCAUGGAGGUAUCAAUGGAGUAAACGAGGCUAUCUACCACGCAGUGCCUUUUAUUGGCAUGGCGUUAUCUGCGGAACAGUCGGAGAACGUAGAAAGACUCGUUAACAAAGAAAUGGCAAUUUCUUUAGAUUCAAAAUCCUUCACAGAAGAUGAUGUCUACAAUGCUGUAAAAAAGGCGAUUGAAGACCCUAGGUACAAAGACAAUGCUGCUAGAUUAUCCAGUAUCCAGAGAGAUACUCCAAUGCCUCCAGGAGAUACAGCUGUAUAUUGGGUUGAACACAUUUUGAAGUUUGGCGGUGAUCACCUCAAACCAGCAUCCCUCGAACUAAAUUUAGUCCAGUAUUUACUUCUCGACAUUGCCGUGUUUUUACUGAUUGUAGCAGCCAUU